CCGACAGGUCACAGCUCGCUCUGAGAGCCGAGAGGUCACAGUUGGGUUUGACAGGUCGACCACACACCGCUGUGCAUACGAGGAUGUUGCGUCUGCUGUUGGCUCUGAGCUGCGCGGCCGCUCUGAACACGGCGCCGGGCACCGUCUAUGUGCCUCUCAGGGAUGUCUUCCAAGCCGGCCAGCAGUUUUUUGUCGGUGAUCUCGAGGUGGGCACUCCCGGGCAGCCCAUGUCGGUCAUUGUCGCCAUCGACGGCCUGACGUGCCUCAACUCUGUGCGAUGCUCGGACCCGUACUGCACCAGCCACCGGCAGUACGACGCCUCCGCCUCGUCCACUUACCAGGAGGACGGCACUCCUUUCGACCUCCCGGGAGGGCUGAACAUCAGCGGCGUGCUCUCAAAGGACUCGGUGAGCCUGGGUGGAGCCACCGUCAGCGACGUGCUCUUCGGAGAGGCCACGUCCGUCUGGAACCAGUGGUCGACCGACGCGCCCAACGACGGCGUGCUCGGUCUGGGCUUCAGUCCGGCAGCGCCGUCCAUCCUGGACGCCCUGGCCGAGCAGGGAGUGAUCGCCGACCGGCUGGCCGGCAUCUGGCUGGGCCGGGACGGCGUCGGCGGCGAGCUGACCCUGGGCGGCAUCAACGAGCAGCGCUACACCAGCCCGCUCACCUGGACGCCCAUCGUGGACAACAUGGUGUCGGCCGAGAGCGUCACCGUCGGCGAGGUGAGCGUGUGCGCCGCCGACUGCCGGGUGGGCGCCACUUCCGUCAGCCCCUACUUCUUCCUCACCAUGCAGAUGGCCAAAACCAUCAACGACGCGCUGGGCGGCACGGACAUCGGCCAGCCGGGCGUGGCGGCGCUCGACUGCGCCACCCUGGACACGCUGCCGCCGCUGGAGCUGGUGAUCGCCGGCCGCUCGCUGCAGAUGAGCCCGCGCCAGUACACGGUUGUCAUCCCGCUGACCGGCGGCGAGAGCCUGUGUCUGUCGGGCUUUGUGGGCCUGUCAGAGGUGCCUCCCGCCGACAUUACGGUCGGCACUCUGUUCAUGCAGCAGUUCUACGCCGCCUACGACAUGGACAACAUGCAGGUCGGCUUCACCGACAGUGCGUAGGGGAGGAGCUGCCGCUGGAUCUGCAGCGCCACCGGGAGUCGGCAGCACGGAGCCGCUGGAUCCAGCGCCACCGGGAGUCGGCAGCACGGAGCCGCUGGGCCGUCCGCAGCUCUGCGUGCCUCCAUCAUGGGUGCUGUACUCUAGGGUGCUUUACCGGACACAUUUAAUUAAUUCAUUUUAAUGGAAUGUUGGCCUUGUUAACUUCAAAAUGCUAUCAUACUUCAGAUACUUUGAAUAAAUGAAUUAUACCAAA